GUUCGCUCUCUGCGGGAGGAGGCACGCAGGAAAUUGGGGCUGAGUUGCUACUCUAGCAACUCAACCCAGCCUGUUAGCGAGGGGCGGGGGGAUGGGGCUUUAGGUACAGUCCAUCCGGACUCCGAGCCAAGACCCCCUUCCACCCAGAAGUCUCCCCCACCCCCAGCAUCACCUCUGCCCUUGCAUGGACCAGUGGGGUGGGGGAGCCGAGAGCUGGUUCUGCGCAUGUUUGAGAGGAGAUCGGAAACUUUUUCUUUGCUUCUGAACAGCCUCCAAGGGCCGCGGGGCGGAGGAGGGGGGGCAGAGAUUGAGGAAGAAAAUGGCGAGUCGUGGGAGUUGCGUGGAGAAAGCGGCUUUCCUCUGCGCCUUCCUGCUGGCCACUUGGAGCCUGGCGUCCUGCGCCCAAGCGGAGCCGGAGGAGGAGGGGAGAGACGACCAGCGCUCCUGUCACGGGGCCUUCGAUCUCUACUUCGUCCUAGAUAAGUCUGGAAGCGUCAGAAACCACUGGACAGAGAUCUACUCUUUUGUCGAAAGCCUGGCUGAGAAGUUUAUAAGUCCAAUGCUGCGCAUGUCCUUCAUUGUCUUUUCCUCACGAGGCACUACGAUCAUGAAGCUAACAGAAGACAGGGAAGCCAUAAGACGGGGGCUUGAGAUUCUUCAGUCUGAAAUGCCUGGAGGAGAUACAUUCAUGCAUGAAGGAUUUAAAAGGGCAAAUGAACAGAUUUAUCAUGAAAACUAUGGAGGACUCCGGACAGCUAGUGUGAUUAUUGCUCUGACAGAUGGGGAGUUGCAAGAGGUUCAGUUUUAUUAUGCAGAAAAAGAAGCCGACAGAGCCAGAAGCCUCGGAGCUAUCGUUUAUUGCGUUGGAGUGAAAGACUUUAAUGAAACUCAGCUGUCUACAAUUGCUGACAGCAUUGAUCACGUUUUCCCGGUAACGGGCGGCUUUUAUGCCCUAAGAGGCACUAUUGAUUCGAUUCUGAAGAAAUCCUGUAUUGAGAUCCUGGCAGCUGAACCAUCCAGUGUCUGUGCAGGAGAAUCCUUUCAAGUUGUGGUAAGAGGAAAUGGCUUUUAUCACGCAAGAAACAUCGAUCAAGUUCUCUGCAGCUUCAAGAUCAAUGACACCAUAACAAUCAACGAAAAACCAACUAUUGUGCAAGACACCUAUUUGCUUUGCCCUGCACCAGUAAUAGAAGACAUUGGACAGGUGGUUUUCCUCCAAGUCAGCAUGAACAGCGGACUAACGUUCAUCUCCAGCUCUGUCAGCAUCACCAGCACACAGUGUCUCAGUGGGACGAUCCUUUUCAUCGCACUCUUAAUUCUGUUCCUGUUGCUGGCCUUGGCGCUGCUUUGGUGGUUCUGGCCUUUGUGCUGCACAGUGGUCAUCAAGGAGCCUCCACCACCACCACCCCCAGAGCCUGAAUCGGAUGAUGAAGAUGGAUUGCCAAAGAAAAAGUGGCCAACCGUGGAUGCAUCUUAUUACGGAGGCAGAGGUGUUGGUGGAAUUAAGAGGAUGGAGGUGAGGUGGGGAGACAAAGGAUCAACGGAGGAAGGGGCCAAAUUAGAGAAGCCCAAAAACGCUGUCAUCAAAUUGCCAGAGCAGGAGUAUGAGCCGUGGGAGCCCAAGCCAAAGAAAUACAAUGUGAGGAAGCCACCUUCCCAGAGGAAGUGGUACACUCCAAUCAAGGGCAAACUUGAUGCAUUAUGGGCUCUGGUUCGACGAGGCUACGAUCAAGUCUCUCUUAUGAGACCACAGCCAGGGGAUAAGGGGCGAUGCAUAAACUUCACUCGGGUGAAAUCAGACGGAAGCACCACCCCAUACCGCCCACCGCCGAAGCAUGAUGCCACCCCCCUCAACAACGCUCCGAGAAACACCUCGCCUUCGGCCUCUCUGCAGCCUCCUUCCAGGCAGCCGCCUCCUGGACCAUCCCCAACCCGAGUGCCCCCAGGACCUCCUCCAGCGCGUCCGCCCCCACAACCCCUGGCUUAGAGCGCGGCAAAAACCAAGAUUGCUCUCUGCUGAGCAUGGCAUAUUUAUUGAGGCUUGGUUUACAGUCGAAAGAUAGCGAAAUUUGUUGCUGGUCAGCAAAAAAAAAAUGCCAAGCGUCAGUUUUACUGUAUAAAUAUAUUUAUGCCACACGUGCUGAGUAAACAUUCAGUGGAUAAUUCUGGAGCUACUGGAUGUAGAACAAAACCGAAACAAUCAUCUAGUCACAGUAGCAGUGUUUAUAUAGUUAUAUAUACACACACACACAUUCUUUGGAUUUAUCCACACAUGACGUUUGUAUGACAUUAUAUGUCCUAUCAUACAUGAAAACCCGAGCCAGAUACACAUGCAUCAGUCAGUCGAAAGGUGCCACCUGCAAAUGAGUUGGGUAAAUGUAGGGAAUUGAAAGUUGCUCUUCUCCCCACAAACACAACGUGAACGGGGAGCUGUGAUUACAAGGGAUCAUUCUCCUUGGUUUGUUCUGCAAGGGGAAUUUCCCUGGAUAAUGAUAACAGAGCAAGGUGAGCUAUUCACCAUGCAGUUCCAGUGAUUUAGGGUGUGGAAUCUGCCCUGUGUUUCCCCCCCACCUCCGAGAAGCUCAGUUUUGAAACCAAAAUCUUUGAUUUAACUAGAUUUGGCCUUUGUUCUUAAUUUCAUCAGACACAGGCUGUAAAGGCUAAUUUGGGGUUCUGAAAACCUCAGAGUGAGGCAGAUCUUUCCAAAGUUCAGGGGAAUGUGGAAGAAAGUUUCUAGGUUUUUUGCAUUUUUUAAUUUUCAUUUACAUAAAAAGGCCUCCCACUUGGAACAGAAAUAUAUGUCCCUUAUAUGUGACUGCUACUGUAUAUAAGUAGCAUGUUUGAUACAUCAGACAUACGUGGGAACACACAGGGAUUGAUCCCAUGUCUGUUUCCCAUAGACUUCACUGCUAGCAGGAGCGAAGGAUUGAGCUCCUUUAUGAUUCAGAUGAAAACACAUCUGAGUCCUUUUAUAUAUCAGAGAUCCCCCUGCCCUCAAUAUGGAACAUUACUAACUAGCUGUGUGUAUAAAACAUACAGAAUCUGAUCUGUCAGCUUGGGCUUUUCUUUUGGUUUUUAUUCAUGCCAAACCUGUGGGACUCCCAAACUCUAAGGAGCCUCAGUUAUGUCUGACACUAAGCAUGCAUGUAGGUGGGGAAUAUCUGACGUGGGAUUACGGGGUGCCUCAUGACUGGGGCUUGCUAAAUGCUAAAUCCUGAGCGGUUUGUACCCAGCUCAUCCCUAGUGAAGCAAUAUAACUCUCCCCAUCCUGUAUUAUACUGCAUCAGAAAGGGUGUCUUCAGAUCCACGUGUAAAUGGUAUUACUGGAGUCGUAGAGAGGAUGUCCAUGUUGCAUCAUAGAAUCGUAGGACUGGAAGGGACCUUGAGAGAUCAUCUAGUCCAGUUCCCUGCAUUCAUGGCAGGACUAAGUAUUGUGUCUUAUUGGCAUGGUCUAUCUAUUUGUAUGAGGGAGCAGAUACAACCUUGCACCUGUUCUUGGCCAUAUAAUCCCAAGAGGAAACUGUAGUAACGUCUUGCAUUUACUUUCGCUUUAUGGCAUCUGCACUCCUGGUGCAACAUAAAGAGGCCUUAGGGUAGAUCAGAAUCAGGCUUGUUUUUUCCAGUGGAAACACCCAAUUGCAGAACCCAAUAACUAGCUCCCACCAUUCUAUGCUGAUCAUCAUUACAGGCUGUGUGUACAGAACAGGGAUGAUAAAGGGCCCAACAAGGCCUAAUUGGUAAAGACACGCAGCGCUAUGGCAUGCUGUUGGGCCAUAAACUCAUCUCACAGGAAUCAGGGUAACUCUACUGAAGUCAGAGGAGCAGCACCCAUUUACACCAGCUGCGGAUCUGGUCCCAUUGACUACAUUGGAAUUGCUCCUGGUUUAGACCUGAGACAGCAAAGCACUGAAGAAUGUGGUUAACUUUAGGUCUGUGAUUAAAUUCCAUUGAAGUCAAUAGGAUUAUUUGCAUGCUCAAACUGGGGCCUCACAGUGCACUGAGAGGAGAAUCAGGUACAUUACUUAUAGCUCGGUCCAGUCCUACCUCUCUUACUCCACAUGAGUGCGAUCUGCCGAGUUGGCCCCUAUGUGGCAGACACAGAGGGAAUGGCUUGUGUGGGUUAACAUCUCCUAUCUGGAUUACUCCCCCUCCAUUUAAAGCAUUUGCUUUGAGAGCAACAGUGCCAUAUCUGCAGCCAAUGUGACAUCUAAUUAGUCAGCAGUUGUUCUCACUGCUUUGAGUUGAAAGGCAAAAAUAAUGUGUCUUAUUCUCCAUUUCAGUUAUGGCGAAACUCCAUUGCCUUCAGCGAAGGGGACUGGAUGAGCUGGGGGAGAGUGGGCAUGGGCUGCCAACUCUUUCAUGGCAAGACCAUCCAUUUAGCCCAGACUGGUAGUGACUGGAAGUUGGUGUUGCCUGAUAUCUCUUUGGAGGUCUCUCUGAAAUGAGUUGGUGGGUCUCAGCCCAGCCCCUAGCGGACAGGUGUCUACAUCACAAUAAACAGUUGGCAUUAACUGCCCCUGUUGUUGGCAAUCUCAGCAGAGGCCGAUAAUUGAAAUGACAAAGGAUACCGAACAUCCCUCCCAGCCUCAAGUGCUGUCAUUGAGAUCUGGCACAUUGGUGGCGAAGCUUGUGCGGCUACUGCCUAUGCAUAUAGAAAGGACAUUAGUGUUGUCAGACCUUUCACCAACACUUAAUUCACCACUAGGGGGGACUGAGGUACUAUUGAGACCCACCAUGCUGGGAGCAAAUAACAAGCAGGGGAACUUAACCUACAAAAAUUGGUUCUAUUUAUAAAGUUUUUCUUGAUGGGCCAGGACUACUGUUAGCCAGUGAGAAAAGCAGCCAAAUUCUGUCAUCACUUACUCCUGUGUAAAUCCAGAGUAGCUCCAACGACUUUUAUGGGAUCACUGCAGAUGUACACCCAGUGUAAAUGCCAGCGGAGUUUGGCCCAGGGAUCUGUGUUACAUAUGUCAGUGCCUAAAGGUUUUUCACAAGCUAUUCAAACAGCUGACUCAUCUGCAGAUUGACAGGUAUAACAACUCUUUUAUCUUUGCAAAAAUGUGUCUAGUCUUGGCUGUGCAAGGAAUCCAUCUUCAGUAAACUCAUGUGCACAGCUGUGCUAAAUUCACCUCUGCAUUACUCAAGCUUCACACUGCUCUGACUCCUUCUCUUCUAAAACUACCCCAGCAUACAACUGGAAGAGGGCAGGGUGUUUCCAUUAGUAUCUAUGGCUAGAGAGUUAAAUUCCCAGGAAAUCGCUUUUCGUUUGUAUUGCAAACCUGCCCCUGCAGUGUCUGCAACCCAUGCAUUACAGCAUUGUGUGAGCUGGACAGUGAAAUUGGUGAGAAGCAAAAGGGAAACUGACCAGUGUAUUUUCAUUUGUUCAAGCUGAAUGCAGCACUAAAUGUAAACCUAGGGCACUGGCUGCAGAAAGGACAUUUGGUCUUGGACAAAUCUUUUCCAUUUUUAUUAUUUCAGGAGUUACAAUAACACAGGUGAAGCAAUUUGGCUUUUUUGUAGUCUAUUGGGUCAGAGCCUCGGCUGAUUUAAAUUGUUGUUGCUCCAUAGACUUCAAUGGAGCUGUGCCACUUUGCACCAGCUGUGGAUCUGGCCCAGGAUUUUUAACCUGACGGUGUCCCUUUCACCGGCCUGACAGUUAAAUAUGCUAUUGCUGUUUUCGUCUGUAUGUCUGGCCAUUUGUGAUUACAGUGCUCCAUAGCAAACACUGUAAGGAAGUGUUUCAAAGGGAACGAUUUGCCAGUACUUGGAGCCUCCAGUCUCAUUUUUACCCGUGCACCGUGAGUGUCUAAUGCUUUCCCUGGCAUGAUUGGAGAAUCUGGAUUUGGGAGCAUCUGGCACACACUUAACACUGGUGUAAACAGUAAUGCAAAAUGCAAAGCAGUGGAGAAUCAGACUCCAAGUUAUCAGGAUUCAUCCAAGACCAUUGUGGUUUAGGCUAUUAAGGGCUGUGUACCAACCUCAGUUCAUGAUACAUCAAGAUCAAGGCUGUGGGUCAAACAGUCCUAAAUCUAAAAAGGUCAGCUCCUAUCAGUGAGUGAGCUCAGUGAUGGAUUGAUUCAUGAACUGUACCAGUUCAGAUGCACAUGCACCUGUUGUUCUCUAAGCCUUUAUAUUCUUGUCAUGGCUUUUGUCAAUGUGAUCCGCACCAUUCUUUGACUUUUUCAUUUAAAAAAAGCAUUUUCCUGAGAAAGCAGCCCAGCUUCUGUAAAUAUAGAGAGUUUAACACAGAGGAGACAGGACACUUCUGGACUUUACUGCUGGACAGUUAGAGUAAUUUAUUAAAAGGGGCUUAAGGUGAAUAAAUACAGGUGGCCCAGGAUGCUAUGCAUGGGAGUGUGGUAAUACAGUCUGGUAUUCUUAAAUUGUUCUCUGUAGCUUUGGGAAACAGGAAUUAUUGGGUACUGGUAGUACAUUUAGACAUUUGUUACUGAUCUGAUGCUUUUGAGUAAUGCAAAAUGUAGGAGAACCAGGAGAUUUCUAACUUUUAACAAUGCUUGAACAGAUAUGUAGAUAAUGAUAGAUUUACAUUUUGGGGAAGAGAGAAAUUGCUUGGUUUAUAAGUGAAAACAAUGUACUGUACAAAUAUUUUCUAGAAAGAUGUACGCUCUCAGAAGUAGGGGAUGUGGGCUGACAUGACAGCCAUAAAACGUUGGGGACAGAGGAAGUUGAUGGAACGUGUUGGAUUUCUUAUUGCUAAAGUUUAAAGGGGUUCUUCAUGGGAGUUUGUUGCCAGUACAUGUGGUACAACUUUCUGUAACUAACAUGCUGCUUCCAUGUUAUAAUUGUAUAACCUUAUGCAUUUUGUGCACCUGCUCCAUUUCUCUGAAAAACUCUGCAACAAUAAUAUCUACAUGCAAAUGUGGGAAAUGUAGCCAAAAUCUCAUAAUCCAACGUAAUGUAGUCUUAAUGGAUUUUAAAUCAGCAAUAAAAGUGCU